AUUGAAAAUUUUGACAAAGAAAUGAGAGAGUCAAAUCUUCAUAUUUUACUUAUCUUGGAUGGUGCUUCUUUACAUGUUACUGACACUAGCAUCAUUGCAUUAUUUAAGCUUCAUUAUCAUCAUAUGCAACUUCAACAUGAAGCUGAGGAAAGCAAUAUAUACAAAGUUAAUCAGUUGCAAGCUAUAAGAUGGGUAAAGUUCUAUACAAAAAUUGUAUCUCCGCGUGAUAAAGAUGAAGCACUAGUUGUCCUACCUUCUCUUAUUGAAAAUGUGGAAGAAGGUUUGUUUUUUGAUUAUGAUAAUGAAUUAGCUAUCAAGAAGCUUCAGCAAAUACUGAAUAUAUUGCAUGUUCGUAAUCCUAUGCCAAUUGAAGAUUUGUUAAACCUUGAAAAGAAAAAUGUAGAGAUAUAUCAACAAUUUAAUGAUGAUGACUUUAUUUAA